CCCGGCCCGCAGGGUGCUCGCGGCCAGCCCGGAGUGAUGGGUUUCCCCGGUCCCAAAGGUGCUAACGGCGAGCCUGGAAAAGCCGGUGAGAAAGGACUCCCCGGUGCCCCGGGGCUGCGGGGUCUCCCUGGCAAGGACGGUGAGACGGGAGCUGCUGGCCCCCCGGGACCUGCCGGCGAACCUGGGAAACAAGGAGCACCCGGCUCUGCGGGCGACCGCGGCCCCCCCGGUCCCGUGGGUCCCCCCGGUCUGACGGGUCCCGCCGGCGAACCUGGGCGCGAGGGUGCAACCGGACCGGCCGGCCCCAAUGGCGCCCAGGGUCCCCCGGGACUGCAGGGAAUGCCCGGUGAGAGAGGAGCAGCCGGCAUCGCCGGUCCCAAGGGAGACAGGGGAGACGUCGGAGAGAAGGGCCCUGAGGGAGCCCCCGGAAAGGACGGCGCACGCGGUCUGACGGGUCCCAUCGGUCCCCCCGGCCCUGCUGGCCCCAACGGCGAGAAGGGUGCACAAGGUCCCAUGGGUCCCUCCGGUCCUGCUGGCGCUCGAGGCAUGCCGGGUCCCCAAGGGCCUCGCGGUGACAAGGGUGAGACGGGAGAGGCUGGAGAGAGAGGGCUGAAAGGCCACCGUGGCUUCACCGGUCUGCAGGGUCUUCCCGGACCACCCGGUCCUUCUGGAGACCAAGGUGCUGCUGGUCCCGCGGGUCCCUCCGGUCCCAGGGGUCCCCCCGGCCCCGUCGGCCCCUCUGGCAAAGAUGGCUCCAACGGCAUGCCCGGCCCCAUCGGUCCUCCCGGCCCCCGUGGACGAAGCGGCGAACCAGGUCCUGCGGGUCCUCCCGGCAACCCAGGUCCCCCCGGUCCUCCCGGGCCCCCGGGCACCGGCAUCGACAUGUCGGCUUUCGCUGGCCUGGGUCAGGUGGAGAAGGGCCCCGACCCCAUCCGCUACAUGCGGGCGGACGAGGCCGCCGGCAGCCUGGGGAACACCACGGCGGUGGACGCCACGCUCAAGUCCCUCAACAACCAGAUCGAGAGCAUCCGCAGCCCUGAGGGCUCCAAGAAGAACCCGGCCAGGACCUGCCGCGACAUCAAGCUUUGCCAUCCCGAGUGGAAGAGCGGAGACUACUGGAUUGACCCGAACCAGGGCUGCACCUUGGACGCCAUCAAAGUUUUCUGCAACAUGGAGACGGGCGAGACCUGCGUCUACCCCAACCCCAGCAGCAUCCCCAAGAAGAACUGGUGGACCAGCAAGACCAAAGACAAGAAGCACGUCUGGUUCGCAGAGACCAUUACCGGCGGUUUCCACUUUAGCUACGGCGAUGAAGACCUGGCUCCCAACACCGCCAACAUCCAGAUGACCUUCCUCCGCCUCCUGUCCACCGAAGGCUCCCAGAACGUCACUUACCACUGCAAGAACAGCAUCGCCUACAUGGACGAGGAGACGGGCAACCUGAAGAAAGCCAUCCUCAUCCAGGGCUCCAACGACGUGGAGAUCAGGGCCGAGGGCAACAGCAGGUUCACCUACAGCGUCUUGGAGGACGGUUGCACGAAACACACUGGCAAAUGGGGCAAGACGGUCAUCGAGUACCGAUCGCAGAAGACCUCGCGCCUGCCCAUUGUAGAUAUUGCACCUAUGGACAUUGGUGGAGCCGAUCAGGAGUUUGGCGUGGAUAUUGGCCCCGUCUGCUUCUUGUAA